AUGAGGCGAUUGUGUCAUUUUAUAUUGUGUAUUUUUGUGGUUUUGCCCAUCGAUACCAUUGAAAGUACAAGCGAUAAAGUGUUGCAUGUCACUUUAGUCGAUCAAUUAACCAAGGAUUACUUGGAAGCAGAGAAAAAUCUAUGGGAGGUGAUUGAAAGACGUGAGGACAGCACAUUGCAACAAAUCUACAACAUUCACACUGACUUUCUGAAGCGACAUUAUGGCGAAUCAAAUGUUCUGCUAAAUGAUGUUCAUAUGAACAACAAUAACCUCAAGCUAUUGAAUAAUAUAAUUACCAUCAAUGAAACAUCACAUGAUAUUGCACGCGAAUUUUUCGAACAUCGUAACUACACCGUAUUGAGUAUGAAGGCAUUUGACGGCAUCAAUUUGGACAAAACAUUCCAAUCAGUGUGCGAGCAGACAAUUAAUUCAACGGAUUUCUGGAAUAAUCUGAAAAACUCAACACAGGAUUGUCAAUUGCAGUCGAGGUCAGUUCAAUCAGAGUAUCAAGUGCUCUUUGAAUACUACAAAGACAUUCAAGCCGCUGCAUUGCGCACAUACAUCACAGCACAGCUGUCGUACAUGAUUUUGCAUUUGCACGAGAGCGGCGAUUUUCGAAAUCAAUCUCUCAUUUAUGAACAACAUUUUCGUCAAACGAACGCCGAAAUUCGAAAUGUAUUCAAAGGUAAAUUGCAGCAGGCGAACAGAGUUGUUUGGACUUGUGAUCCACUCGAUUAUAGCGCGCCGGGAGUGAGCUACCAAAUCACGAAUUUCCUUCAAGGGUACAUCGACGCAGAGGUUAAUUUGAAUGCCGAAGGGAGUUGUGCAUUAACAUGUGCCGAUUAUCAAAAUACAAAGCAUUUCACAUGCAAUUCGGACACACUUUGUGCUGGACUUCGACCAGAAAAUCGCUCGAUGAUUGGAUGCAAAGGCAGAGUCAGAGGUUGUCAUGGCUUGGAUGACAGUAUUUCGGUUUGCCCGGCGGAAGGCAAUGUUGGCGGACGUUACAAAUACGUUAAAUCGAACACUGGAUUGAAGCUCGGCAAUGCCACUACUACCUGCACCAAUGAAUUGGAGGCAAACGCUUGGGUGCGAUGGUUCGUGAAAUGCAGCAAUUGCUUCUGUUUGUGUGAUGACAUUAUGAAUUCUGACCGGUACUUUAGCUUGAGGGAAGUUGUUUCGAAUAUUGAGAAAAAUCAAAUUGUCACGGGCGUUGCGCUGACCAAACGAAACGGUGUGGUGCAAUUUGUAAUCGCACAGCGCCAAUUGUUCGCUUUCGGAAAUGUUGACCGUUCGCACAUUGAAUACGCCUGGAGUUUGGCCGAACAAUUUGUACCGAAGAGUAAUGAAUCGCAGGAAGGUAUUGACUAUUUCACCCUGACUUAUGAGAAUCGUUCGUUGAAUUUGGAUACAAUCACAGCAUCAGCCGGCAGCGUUGUAACUGGCGUGCGUUUUAAUAGGAAUGGCAAAGGUCAUUUGAUUCUGGAAGUCAGAUUUACUGAAUUUGAUGCAUUCACUGGCAAAUUGAUUAAUUUAGAGAGCAGUGCUUGGAUAUCAAAUCCAGAUGGCGGUAAACACCGAAUAAAUACCGACAAUUUGGAUAUUCCAACGAAAGCAAAUGGGCCAUCGAUGGUGAAAUCCAAAGAGAAUGAUUACAUUCGUUUUGGGCCAACGCACAAGAAAGUCGAUUUAAGUCAGGCAACUGUUCCAUUUAUCGAUGGCCAGAAAGUCGAAGCGAAAAUGCCAUUAUCGGGAGUUGGCUUGUACUACAAAAGUCAUGGCUUUAUUGCACCCAAAAUUAUUCUGUACAACUUUGAAGCAUCAACCGAAUGAUAGUGUGUGGCCGAGGGAGAGGAAGCUAACACAAACCGAAAUCAGCAUUCUGACAUUUUUCUAUUUAUUGUAUUCGAAUACACAGCCAGUUUUAUACAGCAACAACAAAAGACAAAAUGCAUUGCAUCUGAAAUGACAUUCAAUUAUAAGAAUCACUUGCCUUUUUACUAUACAAUUCUGAUAAAGACGCUGGAAAUAUCAAGUGUAAAUAGUUUUUUUUUUUUUUAAAUAAAGGAAUAAUCAAUUACGGAAAGAGGAAUUAUCUUCAA